CCGCGGGGUGUCUGGGCGCGCGGCCCGCUCCGUGGGGCCGCAGCGGGGCCCGAAGGGCUGCGGGAAGGAGCAGUGCUCGCGCGUCCCGUUCCCUAACGCUGUACUCGGCGUCUCUUGCAGUGACUGUGCCCGUCUCUGGACGCGCCUUCUGCGUUCCCCCCUGCCUGCUUCUCUCCCAGUUGAUCGUUUCUGUAUAUAGCACUUUUUCCCUGUUUGUAGGAAUGUUUGGAAGCCUCUGUGUGCUCUUUUCUGUGGAGAGCCUUGUCUCUAGCAGGAGCAGCUAAGAACGGGGAGACUAGCCCAGUAGGGUCUGCUGGCUUCCUGGGGGGCUGAACUGAAAGAUCCCCAACCUUCGCUGUCAGCGGGGAAUGCAUGAGGAUCAGGGCAGAGGGCUGUGGGGCAGGCAAAACCCCGCCUCAGGGUGUGCUGCUUCCGGGUGGCUUUGAAAGAAGGGCCUAGCUGGGGUCCUGGCGCUGCAAGCUGGUGACCAAGGGGAACGUGCGGGGCUCAGAGCCCCGGUCUGUGGGACUCUAGCAGUGUCUGCCCUGCAGUACCAGCCUGUGCUCUCCUCUGGUGAACGACCUGUGGCCUGUUCUCCAGCCAAGUGCACGCUGGCUCACCUGUAGUGGAGACUUACCCUGUGGCUUGUGACCUGGGCUGUGCAAGUCAGAGUAAUGUGAGCUGGUCCUUGUGCUUCCUGGCUGCCCCCCUGCGCUACACCCUCUGCUUUUGUCCCCAGCGCUAUACAGUAGCACAGAGUUCAUGGGAAAAUCUGAGACUGGCUGUGCUGGGUUAGGCCAAAGAUCUACCUUUCCCUAUACUGCUGCCUUCUCUCCUGGGUUUGUCCCCGAUGUCCUCUCUUCUCCCUUCCUGCUCCAGGUCACCAAGGAGGCUUUUGCAUGAUGUGCAUUAUGCAGAAUCACAUGAUCCAGGCUUUUGCCAACAGCGGCAAUGCAAUCAAGCCAGUGUCCUUCAUCCGAGACCUCAAGAAGAUUGCCCGACACUUCCGCUUUGGCAGCCAGGAGGAUGCGCACGAGUUCCUGCGCUACACUAUUGACGCCAUGCAGAAGGCCUGCCUGAAUGGCUGCACCAAGUUGGAUCGCCAGACCCAGGCAACCACUCUGGUUCACCAGAUCUUUGGUGGCUACCUGCGGUCCCGAGUGAAAUGUUCAGUGUGCAAGAGUGUAUCGGACACCUAUGACCCUUACCUGGACGUGGCGCUGGAGAUCAGGCAAGCCGCAAACAUAGUGCGAGCGCUGGAGCUGUUUGUGAAGUCUGAUGUGCUUAGUGGGGAGAAUGCCUACCUGUGUGCCAAGUGCAAGAAGAAGGUGCCAGCUAGCAAACGCUUCACCAUCCACCGAGCCUCCAACGUCCUCACGCUCUCACUGAAGCGCUUUGCCAACUUCAGUGGAGGCAAGAUCACAAAGGACGUGGGGUACCCAGAGUUCCUGAACAUCCGACCUUAUAUGUCACAGAAUAAUGGAGAUCCUGUCAUGUAUGGGCUCUAUGCAGUGCUGGUGCACUCGGGCUACAGCUGCCACGCGGGGCACUACUACUGCUAUGUGAAGGCCAGUAACGGGCAGUGGUAUCAAAUGAAUGAUUCCCUGGUCCAUUCCAGCAACAUCAAAGUGGUCCUCAACCAGCAGGCCUAUGUAUUGUUCUACUUGAGAAUCCCCAGUGCCAGGAAGAGCUCUGAAGGGCCCGUUGCCAAAGCUGCCUCCAGCCUGCCUGGCCGUGCUGGUGUUGUCUCUGAUCAGAUCAAGAAAACUGUGACCAAUGGGCCCAUGUCUUCACCACUGAUGGGUCGGAGACCAGACACGCUGCAAGGGAAGAAGCUGCAGGGAUCAGAGGAGAUAGGAGUCCCUGUGGCCCGGAGCGCGUUCGGGACUGUGCCAAAGCUGCAGAACGGAACCACUCAGCCAAAGCUGCCUGCUGGAUCCCCUUCACCCAAACUGGCCACCAAAUCCAUUCACACAGCAGCAGCACUUCCAGAUGACAUAGCCCAGAAGCCCAAGAAGCCGCUCUCCUCCCCUCAGCAGCAUCUUCCACCCAGAGCAGUUCAGGGCUUCUGUGAUACCAAUGAUGCAAGUGGGGCCAAAGCUGAAUCUCCCAGGCAGAGCUCCUGGGAGAGCAAGGAGCCACCUACCUCACCCAAGCUGCUGCCAGAACCUGCCCCCAGCCAGGAACCCCAGGGCAGUGGGGAGAACAGAGGGACCUCAGAGAGGGUCUCCUGCAGCAGCAAUUCCGCUAGUCCAGCGCACAGCAGAGUAGGAGAGCUGGCCAAAGCAUCUCAGAAGUCCAAGAAUGGAGCCAGCAGCCUGUGUACCUCUCAGGAAACGGACUAUGGCACGGACCUCCCUGCUGACUAUGACGCCGAUCCGGCUGGCCCUGAAGACUCCAAGCUGGCAAAAUUGAAAUCCUCCUUAUUGGGCAACGCAACUUUGGAGCCGAACAGCACCAUGUCACCACCACCGGCCAAGAAACUGGCACUUUCUGCCAAAAAGGGCAGCACCCCGCGGAAGGCGAGCGGAAGUGAUCGCCAUGCACAACCUCACCCAAAAUUUGCUGACCACACGUACCCCACGAACACCACCCACCCUGACUCCACCUCUCCCUGGCCUUUCAGCAAGUCCAGGCUGUCUUCAUCUGCUCUCAAACUGCCAAAUCCUGAAAAGCCUGCCUUCAGCUUCAUCCUCAACUCAGCCCCUCGGCUCCCAGCCACCCCCCUGACCAAUGGCUCUGCUCCCUGCUCUUUGCACCAGCUUUCUCCCUGCAGCAGGGAGAAGGGGCCCAGCCAGGUCAUCCCUGGUUCCUCCAAAAAGAAGCAGCGAAAGCAGUAUCAUGAAGCAGAGGGUAGUCCGUGUGCUCUGGUUGUGAAUGGCAAGGAUGAACUCUCCAGCCCCCCGAAGAAGAGGAAGCAUCUAGGUCAGGAGGGCUCGGUGUCCCCUGCAGGGAAGGGGACAGCAGUCAGGGAUCCCAGUGGUGGCAGGGAGGGGCUGGGCAGUCAGGAUCUGGAAAGCAGGUCCAAGCAGCAAGCAUCGGACCCCAGCUGUUACCCAGGCACGGAGCCCAUUUCCCCACUCAAGAAGAAAAAGAAAAAGAGGAGAACACAAGAGGCAGAAGAGCGCUGCUUUGGGAUGCUGCCCUCAGGCAGCUUCAGGAGAGCUGAAACAGAGCCCUGGAGGGCAAAGCAGCAGCCGAGCUUGGAAACUGGUGCUGGAGAGAGCGAGCACCGGAAGCGCAAGCGAAGGGAAAGCCUCAACAGCCCGGCUAUGGAGCAGCCCGCUGCAAAUGGCUCCCACGCUAGAGACAGCACCCCAGUGGCAACGUGUGGCUGGGACAGCCAGGUCAGAGAUGGGUACGAGCACUGCUCAACUGCCCUGAGCCUAGAGCCCGGACACAGGAGCCAGGAAGAGUCCAAUGUGGUGAAGGAACUGCUCAGGAACUCCUUGGACAAGGCUUACGGAAAACAAGUUUUGACCUGGGACGGUGAGAUCUCAGCUGUCAGCCAGGAUGCUGUUCGGGACGCCACUUGGGCCCGGAAUGAGACGGUCAUUGAUGAAUGGGAUGAGGAGUUUGACAGAGGAAAGGUGAAAAAGUGUAAAAAGCUGAAGCGGGAGCGAAGGAGACACUUCAACCCUUUCCAGCAGCUGCAGAGCAAGCGCAACUUCUGGUCCGUGACGCAUCCUGCCAAGGUGGCCAGUCUGAGCUAUCGGCUCUGAGGGGGGAAAGGGCUGCAUCCUGCAGUCCAGAGUGAAUGGAGCAGUCCUGGGUCAAGGACCGUAUGAGGAGCAGUGUUCCUUGGAGCUGUUGGUGUCCAGCAUCCCCUUGAGGAAGGGAGCAAGAGGGGCUGCCUGCCAUCCUGUGCUGUGUUCCCCACUCCGGUGUGGGAUAGGUGUCUCUGCUGGGAAGGACGAUGCUUGCAGGUGUCUGAGUGUGUCUGCAAGGCUCACAGCCCUGGCCGCUAUAUACUGUACCAGGGCUGAGCCACCUGGUUGGAGUGCUCCAUGUCUCUUGUGUUCCCCUCUUUGGGAACUGCUGUCCUUCCAGACCUGCAGGGUUGCUGUGAUACAUGAGUGCCUCCCUCCACUUCUGACCCUCAGCAGUAGCUGGGGAAGAGCCUGUUGAGCUCCAAGGGUGAGGGGACCCCCUCUCCCCUGCCCUGGACCAGGUGUUGUCUGCUGUGGGUGCUGCUGCGUGCAGCUGCCUCAGCAGCUCCUCUGUAUGCCUGCGAGCGUGGGCUCUGCCCUAGCCUGGAGCUCGGAGCUGCCAGAGCUCCUUCCAUCCUUGCUAUCUCUCAGUUACCAGUUCUGGAGCUUCAUGCAGGCAUACAGAGAGAAAGCAGGAGUUGCAGCUCCCCUCAGUGCUGCUGUUGGGGCAGCCCUUCUCCCAGCUAUGCUCAUCCUGUGCUUUGAGGCUCUGGGGAGCUGCACUGGAAAGUGCCUGCAAAUCGUCACGGCUCAUUCAGGUGAUCAGUGGCAUCUGCUUGCCUUGUGGGGAGUGGGACACCGGCCCUGGUUUGCAUAGCUGGGACCACGAGGGCUGCUGUUAGUCCCUCCUGGGCACGCUCUGUCAUGGGGCUCUCCCCUUGUGCUGGAGCUGCUUCUUGCCAGGGCAUGCUCCAAGUCCGUCCUCGCCCUGCCCUGCUGCUGGGCCCCUUUUCCCAGUGCUGCUCUGUCUGUCCCAGUGCAGAGCACUGGCAUGCUCCAGCCCUCCUGCAGCUGGGGCUGUGGUGUGCCCUGCCUGGGCCUCCUGGGGGUGAAGGGGCAGGAAGGGGGGCAGAGCUUGCUCCUGCACCACUGGGGCUCUGGGAGCAGGGGCCGUUUGCUGCUGCUGGGCUGGUGCUCUGAGGUGCUGCCCCCCUCUUGCUGACGGCGUGCCUGCCUCGUACAGUGCCACGCACCGCCCGGUGCUGCUUUCCCCUCGUCUGUGUGCCGCACCAGGCGUGGUGCAGCCCUUCAGUCUUCCGCUGGCCGGGCCUGCUCCCCCCUGCACCCCGCUGCUCCCUGUGCUGCCCCACACCCCGCUCCAGCCUGCUGCCCCCCA